AUGUUCGAGACUCUGUUAACAUCACUUGGUAAAGCAUCUAUGACCAGUAAUUAUUACGAUCAAAUUAGGAUUAUUUGCCAGCAGAUUGAGACUUUGAAGUGGCUUUUGACAUCGAUUCAAUUUACGCCCAUCACUCAUUUUGACCCAAAAGUUCAUCGAGUAGAUCAAAAAGCUAAAUUAUAUCUCCAACAAGCAUCUUUGGAUGUUCAAAAUAUGAUUACAAUCGAGGUCGCUGCAGAUGGCAAUUGCCUCUAUAACUCCAUCAUAUGCUUGAGUGGAAAUACAGUAUCAACACCUAGCGAGCUGAGAGUGCGAUGUUUAAUCGAACUUGUCAAGAAUGAAAACUUCUAUCACAAUCGCUUUGCUCAUAUUGUUGGGCCAGUUAAUGAAGCCAUAAAAAAUAUCGCUCGCAAUUUUUCAUUCUCGGAACUUUAUGAAAUUGCUGCAUUGAGCAAUGUUCUCAAUUGCAACAUACAGAGUGUAUAUCCUACAAUUGAUUAUCGUUCUGAUCUAAACAUCAUGAAUAAUACUUUUGAACAUGCUCAGUGUAGUAUUGCGUCCAAAACAAUUUGUCUAUUUUGGACACAUACCGAAAGCGAAACCGAGGCACGUAGAAGUAAUGCUGGUAACUGGUCGCCUAAUCAUUUUGUGCAACUUUUGCUUCCAUCAGACAAUUCUCAGAGUCAAAAUCACCUCAGUCAACCGAAAAUCUCUGACGCAGGCUCGACACCAACUAAGGCAACAACGAAAAAUAAUACACUAACUCAAGUACGCAUUCCUGAAUUUAAUGCGGACGAUAAUGAAAUGCAACCGUUUCAAGUGCCAUCGACAGUUAUCACGACAACCAACGAAAUUACAACUCCUCGCACCAAACAUCGACUACAAUUAGUGGAGACUUGUACUAGCUUUGAAAAUACAAUUGUCGAACAGAAACGUAUGCAAGCCCGUGAAAGAAUGGCUGCUAAGAGAGCUGCAUCUACACCAGAGGAAGCUGAGAGACAACAUAUAUUUGCAAGGGAAAGAAAUGCAGCACGAAGAGCUACUUUAACACCAAAAGAGAUUGAACAACAACGGUCACUUGCCGUUGACAGAAGCAUGGCUAAACGAGCUACUGGAACGCCGAUAGAAGCUGAAGAACAGCGAGUACUAGCUAGCGAGAGAACUGCCACCAGAAGAGCUACCCGUGUGUCAGAAGAAACCAAGCAACAACAAACUGUAGCUUAA